AUGGCUGUCCCGAACCCUGACUACCACCUCAUCGGGCUACACACCCGCUACUCCAGCCUGGUCCCAAUCCUCCAAUGCCACUCCCUCCCCUCAACAACAAUAACAGACUCCCUCGCCAUCUGCGAAUUCCUCGCUGAGUCAAACCCAACCCUCCCCCUCUGGCCCAAAGACCGCCACCUGCGCGCCCUAGCCCGCAGCGCCACAGCCCAAAUGCAUUCCGGCUUCCCAGUCCUGCGCAAUACCUUCCACACAAACUUCCUCGCCAGGUACACGGGCAACGUGCCGAUCCCAGAUGGCGCGGCCGCGGAGAUAGCGCGUAUGUUGCGGAUCUGGGAUUCGGCGCGGAAGGCGACGACAGAGCGACUUGGGCAGCUGGGGGAGGUUGACGAAGGGUUUUUGUUUGGUGGGUUUAGUAUUGCGGAUGCGUUCUUCUGGCCGGUUCUUUGGCGGUUCCGCUCUUAUGGCCUUUCCCUAGAUGGGGCUGGGCCUGAUGUGCUGGCGUGGAUGGCCAAGAUGUGGAAUGAUCCGGUGUUUAAGGCGUUGGGGGGAUAG